AUGGAAGAAGGAAGUAGCAGCAGCGCAGGAGUAGUUCCGAAAUCAGCGAUGGAGGCUGUGAGACAAACGCUUACUCUCCUCCAGGAACUGAAACCGCAGCUGGAGGAGAUGCUGUCUUUAGCUGAGCCAGAGGUUCUCGCUCAAAUGCAGCCGUUGAAACGAGCUAAGCUUAUGUACAUGCUCGCCGAAGCCACCACAACGAUUUUCACCCUGAGGUUGAGAUGUACCGGCGUUAAUCCUGAUGAUCAUCGUGUUAAAUCUGAGAUUGAGAGGCUUGAUGUCUACAAAGAGAAAUUGCAGCGGUGUAUGGAUCGUAACAAAGAGCCAUUGCGUCCGACUACAGUCUUAAACCGUCAGGCAGCAACCCGUUUCAUUGGAAACUCUCUGCCUGAUCUUUCAUCUGCCCAAAAGCAAAACAUUAGAGACCUCAGCAAAGGAGAUAAAUCAAGGAUGAGGUAUUCAGAAACAAGUGCGAAAAAGAGGAAAUACCAAUCAGAUGAGAAACAGUCUGUUCGGUCUGCUGCAAAGGAAUUUCUUGAAAAGGCAGCUCGUGAGCUUAAUGGUAACAAUGAAAAUGCUUUGAAGGGCCCUCUAAUGAUGGCAGCUGAGGGUUCAGAUGAUGUUGAAAUGAGUACAGCCUGA